GCGCCAAUAGACGAAGAAGGAAUGGCGGAUGGUGAAAUGUUGUAGGUGGGACGUGAGAUGGAGCAGCAUCAAGGGAGAGUAGGAAAGCAAAGAAAACAGAAACAUUCCUUUUUAACAAAAUGAUGCAUAAGUUGCAGUGCAGUUAUGGGUACCUUUCAAUCCACUGCCCACUAUUUACCUUUUGAACCAUUCGAUGGCCGUUUUCUUUGCCAGUCAAAAACCCUUUCUCUCUCUCUGCAGGGAUCAGAUUCCUCUCUGUCACAGAUUUGCUACUGAUUAGGACGAUUCUCUCUUUCUUCCCUAAUAAAACUCAAAAGAAAAAGAAAAGUUUGUUACUCUUGUCGCGUAUUAGUAAUUGGGCUUUAGUCCAUUUGCUCUUUUCUUUUUAGAGAAUACAUGAAAAUAGUGAAGGGCGUCUCUAUCUGAUUUUAAUAAGAGAGAGAGAGAGAGAGAGAGACCUGUUGGGAAAGGAGGAGACAUGAGAGGUUUGGAGGGAGCACUAGAAUGGCUCAGACCCCUUGUUCACUCUAACGCUUGGGACUACUGUGUUGUUUGGAAGUUGGGUGAUGAUCCUUCAAGAUUUAUUCAGUGGAUGGGUUGCUGUUGCGGUGGCGGUGGUGGUGAAGUGAAAGAGGAAAGAGGAGAAGAGAACCACUCGGCCGCUCUUUGCAGGGAUAUGUAUUUUAAGCAUCCAAUCAGUACUAAGGCAUGUGAGGCUCUUGCCUGUUUCCCUCCUUUCAUGCCUUUAUAUUCUGGCAGGAUUCAUGGAGAGGUGGUGACAUCAACUCAAUCAAAGUGGCUUACCCAUGCCAAUGCCUCAGACUCGAAUCUCUCUCCUGAAUUUGUUGGCACUCGAGUUCUGAUCCCAGUAUUUGGUGGACUUAUUGAGCUUUUUGCAGGAAAACAUAUAACAAAAGAUCAGAAGAUUAUAGAAUUUAUUACAGCUCAAUUUAAUGUCCUAAAACAAGAGGCCUUGAUUGCACAUGACUAUUCCAGCAUCAAUGAGCUGUGUCUUGAUCCAUUUCUUGAGCAGAACUUGCAAAACUUGCCGCCUCCCAGCCACUUGUUAAGUUUGAUUCCUCGAACACAGUUUCAUCACCCAUUAAACCAACCCAAUAACCAUUCUAGCUUUGAAGGGUCUUCCAGUGUUUCCAAUCCUUCAAAUGAGCAUUCAUCAUUUGACUCUCAUUCUGGUCACUUAUCUCGGAAAGGAAUUUUGAAGCAAUCAAUUGGAAAACCCUGUGGCAAAAGAAAAUCUGACUACGAUGAAAACUUAUUGAAGCAACAAGCAGGUCUAUUUCCAGAUUGUAACAAUAAAGCUGCAAAAGUUAUCCAGAGGUCUGAAAGAGAGAAUUUCAGAUCUAAGAAUCUUGUCACUGAGAGGAACAGGAGGAACAGGAUGAAAGAUGGCCUCUUUACUCUGCGAGCUCUAGUUCCCAAGAUAUCAAAGAUGAAUAAAGCUGCUAUCCUUGGGGAUGCAAUUGAUUACAUUGGUGAGUUGCAGAAGGAGGAGAAGAAACUCCAGGAUGAGCUCAAGGAAAUUGAAGAACAGGAAUGCAAAAAUAGCAAUGCAGAAAUUAUUGCUUCGAAGUUGGAGACAUUAUGCGAAAGUAGCAAACACCUGCUUCCUCCUGAGGGCAACCAAAAUUCCUCUGGUUUUGGUGAAAAUAAAAAGACUGAGGUGCAGAUAGAAUUAAACCAGAUUGGCAAGAGAGAAUUCCUGAUUAAGCUCUUCUAUGAGCAUAAGCGAGGAGGGUUUAGGAAGUUGAUGGAUGCUAUUUAUUCAUUUGGUCUUCAAGUUGUUGAUGCUAAUAUGACAACAUUUAAUGGCAAGGUGCUGAACAUUCUCAAGGUUGAGGCUAAUGCGAAGGACAUUCAACCAAGAAAAUUGAAAGAGUCGUUGCUGAAGCUGGGAGGUUAGACAAUUCAGACAGAUACCAUGUAGCUAAGGUUACAGAAAUUUAAGAGUAAAAAUAAACUGGGGGCUCCCUCCUUUCAUCUAUGUUCAGCUAAGGUUGUUGUAGUGAUCCACCCAAAUAGCUAUGAGAUUCAAAUAUAACAUCUAGUUGUAAACAUUGUGAAAGUCUUCUUGUGACUGAUACAGAAUUAUAUUUCCCCCUACAGCUUUGCCCCUUGUAUGGGCAGAUUUUCGUUAAUGGGGAUCUUGUAUAUAACCUUUCUUACUUUAAUAUUAAAAAAACAAGAUUACAGGAGCUUUCA